UUAAAAUGGCCUAUAAAAUUGUUGAAUUUAACGAUGGUAUUCAACUUAUACCAAAUAAUUGGCUAUCAAGUGAUGGUUAUUCAAGUUAUUGGCCUCCCUCUAGUUAUAAUCAAAUAAAAAUAAACAAGUCAAUAGCAAAUAAUUGUGAACCAAAUAUAGAAACAUGGUCAAUACAUUCGGUUCUUCGAAUUUUUGGUUCUUCAGAUAGUUAUGAAAGUGGUAUGUUUAAAGUUAAACAAGCUCAAUAUUAUUCAGACGUGGAAACUGGCUCAGAAUUAGAUUCUAAAAAGCGAUCUAGACAUGAAAGAGUUGCAAUUGAAUUCUCUGAUAACGAUGAAGAGCUUUUAUCAGUACAGAAACCAUCUAAACAUAAAAAAACUAAAGUUGCUGAUGUUUCAAACAGUAUUACCAAAAAUCAAUUUCCAACAUUUCCUUUGUUAGAUGAAAAUAACAUGCAUGCUUCAUCACCUAGUCGAAGAAUUCUACAAACAUUUAAUAAUGUCACUAAAAAACCUUCUGAAAUCUACCAUUCACCAAUACGUACACCACCGCUACAAUUUACAGAAAGAACACCAGUCAACAAAAAAUUAUACAAUGAACCUUGUGAUCAUUACAUAUGGCAAAAAGAAAUUUAAAAAAAACUAUCAAAAAUCACAUUAAAAAUAGAAUCAUUGCAAGAGCAAAAUGAAGAAAUUAAAACAAUGUUGGAAAAUUUCAUGAAGAAACCAACUAAUUCAAAUAAUAAUGCUUUCUCAGAUGAUGAACUAAAUGAAUUGAUUAUUAGACUUCCAUUAUCUGACGAAAUUAAUUUUUUAGAAAUAGAAAGUAUGAUGUUAAGUGAUCAAGAAUUUUAUUCAAAAAUGAUUAUAACAUUAAAAGCGUUAGGAGGUGCAGACCUUACAGCCAUAGUAAAUACUAUACUAGCAAAAUUGACGACAAAUUGCUUAGCCAUAAGAUAUAGUUUUGCUGGAAAACAAAAAAAAGUAUCAUUCAAAGAAACUUUCCCUACAGUUUUAAAGGCCAUUAUAAAUGUUGUAAGAUUUCAUAAACCAACAUCUACACACAAAGAAAUUCAUGAUCAAAUUGGUAGGUGGUUGGUUCAAGCGCAAUUGAGAAAAACUAGACAAGAAAAAAAAAGCGAAUUGAUCAAUCAAAUUCCAUAAAUAUAAAAAUAAUAAAAUAUAAUAUAUAUCUUUAUAAACAAAGUACAUACCUAUAUAACGAUAGCAAAAAUCUGUAAAAUAAUUAUUGUAUAUUUAACGACAAUAUAUUAUAUUAUAUAAUACAUUUUUUAAAUAUUUUUAUAUAAUAUUAUACCUAAUUAUGUUUA